AUGCCCAAACGAAUGAUCGAUAUGUCCAAAAAAUUAUCUUGGUACAUUCAUCUUCUUCUGAAUUAUGGUGUCAAAGAAACUGAUAUCGGCGUCAUUGCACCUUACCGUGCUCAGGUAUCAAAUCUUCGAAAACUCUUACCAAAUUCUAUUACAGUUGAUACAGUCGAUGGGUUUCAAGGGCAAGAGCGUCAAGUUAUUGUGAUGUCUCUUGUUCGAACGAAUGCACUAGGUAAGGUUGGAUUUCUGAACGAAAAACGUCGAUUAAAUGUUGCAGUAACGCGUGCUCGUCGGCAAUUUGUGUUGGUAGGUAAUAGCACAACGAUGAAAAUGGCAGACAGCGAAUAUCUCUAUUCUUUGUUAGAAUAUAUUACGAUUUACGGGACAACCAUUGCACCCUCUGACGUAAUCGAAUUCGAUAAAAAUAUCAAAAUAUCUUCACAUUAA